GCUUUGAAAAAGGGAAAGGAUUUGCUUGUUUUCUCCUUUUUUCAUACUCUUAUCUCUAUCCCGUCCUCCAGGUUUCCUCUGCCUGUUUACGCUCGCUAUAAGAAAGAGAAUCGUUUGCUCCUCUUAUCUACCUAUCUACUACACUAUAUUUGCAAGUUCGUGAAACCAUGAUCUUCAAACCCCUCGCCCGGGCCGCCGGGUUGGCAACAUUCCUCCUCUCGGCCACGAGCACGGCCCAAUCGACGACGACGGCGUGCAACAACUCACCCUCGCUGUGCUCGCGGUCGUACGGCAACAUUACGCACCUGGGCGCGCACGACAGCGCCUUUGUGCGCGACAGCAGCACGUCGUUUUCGACGUCGGGCAACCAGUUCUACAACAGCACGACGCAGCUGGACGCGGGGGUGCGGCUGCUGAGCGCCCAGGUGCACCAGGUGACGGGCGACAGCGGCGCGUCAGAAUGGCACCUGUGCCACUCGUCGUGCAACCUGCUGGACAUGGGCAAGCUGAGCGAGUGGCUGGCCGACAUCAAGACGUGGCUCGACGCCAACGCCAACGACGUCGUCACGCUCGUGCUCGUCAACUCGGACGACGCGACGGCCGCGCAGCUCAAGGCCGAGUUCGACGACGCUGCCAUCGCUGACUACGCUUACACGCCUAAGAGCGCCUCCACCGCCCCCACCUCCUGGCCUACCCUGCAGAGCCUCAUCGACGCCAAGACGCGCCUGGUGACAUUUGUGGCCAGCCUGGACGCCGACGAGGCCGCCUCCGCCAACGCUACCUACCUGAUGGACGAGUUCAACUUCCUGUACGAGAACAGCUACGACAACACGUCGCCGGCCAAUUUCAGCUGCACGCCGGACCGGCCGACGGCGCUCAAGGGCGACGCCGCCGCCGCCGCCAAGAGCAACCAGCUCUUCCUCAUGAACCACUUCCUGUACUCGGCCGGCUCCUUUGGCAUCGAGACCCCCGACACCGCCCGCCUCGAGCAGACCAACGCCGUGUCCGGCGACGGCAGCGUCGGCGCCUCCGCUGCCACCUGCGCCGUCACGUAUGGCAAGGCCCCCUGGGGCGUCCUGGUCGACUUCUUCAACGUCGCAAACUCCUCCGAUACCACGGCUAUCAAGGCCGUCGAUGCCUUGAACGGCGUCACCGAUGCUACGGGCCGCAAGGACUUGCCUGUCACGCAGCUGAGCGCCGACUCGAGCAGCAGCGGUAGCAGCAGCGGUGAUGGCAGCUCGGCUGCGGCGCCGCGUCUGGGGAGCGCGGGGCUGGUGUUGGGUGUUGCGGGAGCUGUUGGCGCGCUGUUGACGAUGGUGUAAGCGCUGAUAACUUGAGAGAGUUUCUCACUGGCCUUCUUUUUUUACGCCGAGUCCAUUUCUUCAUCGACGAUCUUCGGUGGUCUUCGAUAUCGUUCACGUUGUCGUUUUUGAGCCACAUCCGUUCACGACGUCACGACUCUUCUUUAACGUUUUUUGUUUUUUGUUCUUUACGCUACGGAGGCGAGGCGGAGGAGGAGGAGGAGGAGGAGGAGAAGAAGGCUGUAUGCCUGAUGUUAGGCUGGGGUUGUUUGGUGUAAUGCAUGGUAUGGCAUGGUAUAGCGUGGCAUAGCGUGCGCGAUAGAGCAUGGUACGAGACUGCAUAGCAUCUAUUGUCUCUGUCUGUCAAUCAAAGCCUGAAUGCGUUAAGCUCUUGCUGUUAUGAAGAAAAUUGACUUGAGUGUUGUGACUUGUGAGCGAUGUGCAUUUCUAUGGAGUG